AUGAUCGUCGGUCAGUCUCAUUUCAAGAGCCUGGCGUUCCGGGUGACAGUCACACUCGUGAACUACAUCGGGCUUGUGACUGCCAACGUCAUCAUCGUUAUCGUCUUCCUCGGCGGCCUGCAUGGUCUGUUUAGCCCACUCGCCAUUAUCCUUCUGUUCAUAGCCAUUCCGGAGGUCAGCUUCUACCUUGUUUGGUUCCUCCCAUACCGCUCCCGCCUGCAAGGCCACGGUCCGAAGCCGAUGCCCCUCUCAAGAGGCCUUCGCAUGUCCAUUUUCAAGCGUGGUCUGGACCACGUUCCAGACGUUGAGCAAUACAUCCGCAAGUGGCAUUCAAAUGCUCAUAACGAUGACAUUCGCCAGGACAAUUACAAGGAAUGGCUACUUUGGGCACUUUUUGACCGUGACGGGGAUCUAGGUGACAAUAGCGCGGAACUCGAUGAGUACAUUCAGUACGUGGAGGAGAAGGGCGAGCUCAAAAUUAAAAAGGGUCAGGGAGAUGCUGUUCCAAUACGCCUAACGUUUGAUACCGUCGAGAUGACGCACCGCAGCCUGACGUUUUACACACUUGUUGGGCUUGCCGACGUCAUCACAACAGUCAUGUUUCUCGCCAAAGGCUUCGAAUUCUACCGCCAGCCGCGGUCGACCUUUUUCACGACGUUUCCCUUUCGAUUCAAGACACUUCUGUCCCCUCACGCCUCACCAUGCGCUCAACUCUCGUAUUUCCACCGCCCGCAUACCUCAUCGACGCAUCGUCCUGUCAUCUUCCUACAUGGCGGUGGUGUCGGCCUAGCUGCCUAUAGUCAGUGGCUCACUUCCCUACCACGCGAUGUCGGCGUCCUCGCCCUCGAGAUUCUGCCCAUCUCCAGCCGCAUCAGUGGCCCCUUGCCAACAACGCACGAGCUCCUCUCCGCCCUCGCAGCCAUUCUCUACAAGCACGACGUGAAGGACGCCAUACUCAUAGGGCACUCUUUCGGCACGCUCCUGACGUCACCGAUGCUGCAGAGGCCCGAUAUUGCAGGACGUAUCGCCUCCAUUAUCCUCGCCGACCCCGUCUCGCUGCUCCUGCACCUACCCGACGUGUCCUAUAACCUCACGCGUCGCGCGCCACGACCGGGUCGACCGAACGAUUGGCAGACCCGUUUCUGGGCGAGCGAUCCCGGCAUGGCACAUACGCUGGCGCGACGGCUAUGCUGGCAUGACUUUGUGCUGUGGACAGAACAGCUCCAGGGGCGACGGACGACGGUCGUUCUAGGGGGCGACGAUAGCGUCGUGAACGCGGACGCUGUGGCGAGUUAUAUAUACUAUGGCGAUGUCAAGUAUUCGCGUCAGGACAGGCGCGAAUGGAGGACGACGCCGGAGCGGUGGACGGGCCAGGAGGAAUUGGCGCUGCUGUAUCUCGAGGGGAAGGAUCAUGGACAUGCAUUCCUCAGCGCGGAGGGCAUGAAGAGCAUGACACGUGUAGUCGAGGCUUAUGGGGCCCUGACCCAGACAUGGGGGACGCGAGCGGUGGACAUGGCCAAGUUAGAAGAGGGGUUGGAGAGUCCACCGAUGGUGCCGCCCAAGAGCAAACCCGUGGACUCGAUACGGGAGAUGAGGAUCUUAGAGGCCUCGGCCAAGACGGAACCGCUUUCGGGGAGGAAACGAUGGCUCUAA